CCGCAUGCGUUUGCCGGAGCUCACCGCAGACAUGGAGUUUUAGCAUUACUGAGCGCUGCGGACAUUAAUGUGGUAUCAAGCUGAAGUAAUCUCAAGUAAGCUCGAGUCGCUGAAUGCUGCUAGCAGUGAGGUGUAUUGAGGUGUAUAUAAAGUUACUUUGCGUUUCUUAAUUAUUACUCUUUUUUUCUUUUUUCUUUCUCUUUCUCUUGUCUGUCUCUAGUGGAGGUUUUUAUAUUUUAUGCAAGAAUAUGACUUCGACAUUUAUAAAUACUGUCAUUUGAUUACUUAGUACAUAAUCGAAAAAAUAAGUGAAUCAUCAUUGAUGUCGUCCAAUUUUCUAAUACAAGCAAUCACCACUGAAGUACUCUUCAGAAAUGCCAAUGGGUCACAGUUAACAUUGGAAGAGAAAACGAGCUCGAAUCUGUCAGACGCCAACAUUAUAAACUUUGUGUUGCGAACCAAGAGGCAUUUUAACAUCAGUUUGUGUUUGACGUCACUUUGUGCAAUUUUCUUCAUAUGGAUUGUGUUGGGAGCUUUAAUUUUUUUCAUUGUAUCAGCAUUUAUUUUGAUACUGCAAUGUAAAUCAUAUGUCACAUCUAUUAAACAAGAUACAUUGUUGGUUGUAAAAUCAGUAGGUGUACAUAUUGAGUGUAAAAGAGGAUUUGGUAUUUUUACGUCAACGGAAUUCUUGCCAUGGGACAUAGUAGAAGAUAUAUUCAUUAAUGAAGUCAUAAAAGGACUGCCAUAUAAUAUUCUUGACAGUAUCAAUUAGGUAAUCGCAGCAAAGAGUACUUUACUAUCUUACGUUUAUUGUGAAGGAAUCGAUUGGUAGACAGGAUUUGAGAUUAGUUCCAUUGUUUCAAGAUUUAUUACCCGAAAGGAAAUGCCUGGAAUACAUAUACGAACGCUUAGCCAUCUUGAUUGGCUCGAACAAGAGAAAGAAUCUGUGUUAAUCAUUCCCGGUUCUUAUUGGCUGUGUCACAAAAAGAAUAUAUACAAAUUUAUCUUUAGAUAUCAUCGUACAGUGAGGAAUACCAUGCAAUUUUCAUAUGGACGAGAAUUAUUAAAAAUUAUUAGGAGAAUUAUAAAAUGUCAUCCAACACAGGGUCAACAGUUUGGCACACAGCAUCUUCUUGUAACUUACAGUUGUACAUCCUGGACUCGACAAGACAAGAUGUUCGCAAUAAUGAAAUUCCAACAACGAACUAACGCUGCGGCAUUUUCACACGCGUUUGUGUUAACUAUAAGGACGUUUCCUUCGUCAGAAUGCUCAUUGUUUGAUUUAAAAUAUCCCAUUGUUAAGGAAGCUGAUGCAGAUUCUACCUUUAAAGAUUUGAAUGUUUCUUUGGAUUCUGACGAGAAAAUGAUUAGUACCGUGAUAUCUACCGAUCAAGUAUCCUCGAGGAACGCUACGAUAUGCCAAAUUAAAAAACUAGAUCAAAUUUCAAACUAUAGUACCACGGAGGAUGUCUUAAGUAAAGCAUUGGAAACAACAAUCGACUCUGAUUUUCAAGAUGAUGGCACAAGACAUUGCACAAUUUUUUGUGAAAAUCUGGAUAAAAGAACUGAAAAUACCACAGCUGAAACACAUUUUGUUAAUAACGGCAAUACAGAAUUUCAUAACGUACAAGAAAAUGACUCUAUAAAUUGCAAUAUCGAAAGACAUGAAAAAAAUGUAGAACAAUAUUCUACUGAUUGUGUGCAGGAACAAUCUUUAAGAACAAAGACGACAGAUAAAAUUGAACUUGAAAAGAUAGAUGGAAUAAAAAACAAGAAAGAAACAAAAUUUGUAGUAAUACAAAAAGCUUCUAUAAAACCUCUCCCAGAAAUAGUAAAAAAUAGUUCCGAUGAAUGGCUAUUAAUAGAAAAAAUCAAUUUUAUAGAAAAGGCAAUAGAGAAAGAUGAUACUUGUACUAUAAUAACUAAUAAUAAAAAUAAUUUAAGUAACAAAAACAUGACUAAUGAUUCCAGCAAUGCACCACAACAAUAUUUUAUUGAAAAAGAAGAGAAAGCCAACUUAAUUAUUGAUCAACCAGUACGAAAGAAUUUGCAGAUCGAGGUAAAGAAUAUAGAUAAAGAUAAAGACUAUACAAAAAUUACUAAAGAAAAUAAGUCUAUACACGUAAAACACAAAGAUUACUAUAAUGAAAUAAUAAACUUAGAAGGCCAAGAAAAUGACAGACAACAUACUGAAACUUCAAUAAAUAUUGAUGACAAACAGUUAGAAAAUAAUAUGUAUAGUAAGUCAUGCAAAAUUCGUAAACAGAAAAAUAGGGAAUUCGAGAGAAAAACUAAAUCUGACAAAGUUUUGCGUUCCUCCGAUAUUACCGAUUUAGUAAUGGAAGGUCUGAUGUUCACUAUACGACAGGAUCAGGAUAGCGUAGCCGUCAUUGAACAAAAGACUAAAUUAGAGAUGGACGAAGUUUUAGAAAAUUCGGAAAAGGUUGAGACAAAAGGUGGGGAAAAGUGUCUAUUAAAUUCGAGCCUAUUGAGACUGGAAAAUCUGGUAACCAUGAUCGACUCGCCGCGCAAUAAAGAUGAACAGCAUAAGAAUCACCAUACGAUUGGUAAUGGUGCAAAUCUAUCAUUGUUCAAUGUUUUUCACGGCGAUGCUGUACAUGAUGUAAAUAUUAAUUAUGUAGAUGUGGGAAUGGAUAAAUCAGGUGUUUUAAAUUAUGAUGGGCGUAAUGCGAUAAAUCAUUUGAAUUUGUAUCAGUCACAAUGGCAACAUCAAUGCGUUUCUUCUAACAUAAAGAAUGAUGGUUGUUCAACAGCAAGUGGACUCUUGACAGAAAAAGAGAAACACUUGAUGGAAUGGCAAAAUGACAAUGAGAAAGAUGAAGAGUAUAAGAGUAGUAUUGAAAUGAAAAAACAAGAAGGGGAUAUUACUCCUGAGAGUUUAUUAUUUAAGAAAAUUAAUACAGGGUUGCGAAAUACAGAUUCAUUGACGAUCAAUAAAAAUAUCGAGGAUAUAGACAAACGUGAUAAUUUGAUAGAAGAACAUUAUAAAUCUCAGUUAUCAUAUUCUUCAUUGAAUCCAAAUAAAACGUGUGAAACACAUUCUAAGGAAUCUAAUUUAAUCAAAUCACCUCGACAAGAGGCAAAUGUACCGAGAAUAAUUUCAGAUAAGGCUAUUACCAUUGAACAAAUGUCACCAGCUCUACAGAAAGUUCUACAACACACGUGCAGAGCAUACAGGUUUUCUUCGACAAUUAGCAGUGGAACAUUGCAACAGGCUGAAAAUAAAACUCAACAUCAGGUAUUAUUAACGGAGGAUACAGUUUCCGAAGCGAAUGAUUUAUUGGAUGACAAAUUUAUAAAGUCUAAUGUAGCAAAUAAUUUGUCUCUCAAAUUUUCCAAUAAUUCUGAAAAAAUAGAAAGUAAUAAUGAAAAAUCUUGCAUAACAGUUAAAAAGGAUGUUUUAGAGACGAAUGGGUAUACACAUGUAAGGAAUUCAAGAAAAAACGCGACGCAACGUACUUUACGAAGAAAUUCAUCAUCAAAGCAUAGUUCAUCAAGAAAGUUACAGGAUAUCACGGAGGAAUUUUAUUAUGACUUGUUACACAUUCAUAACCAGGACAAUGCCAUUCGACAGAGAUGUCUUAGACAGAAACAAAAAUUGUUGAAUAAUCCUGAUGACGUUAAAAGCAGUAAAGUACGCAUUGAAAUGUUGAAGUUUAUUCAAGACAUCACAAAGGGUGCUAGAGUGGUAGUGAAACGGCUGAAUAUAGACAAAUCUAAUUUAUUAGAGAAAAAUUCUAAUUUAAUUUAACAAUGUGCACAAUGAAAAAUUA